AUGGAAUCUUCCCAGUUGCGAGUGUUCCCCGGGACAUCCCAUCCUGCCUCAAAGACCAUUCCGUUGGACAAGUACUCCAGUGCUGUGAGCCGUGAAGGGUCGAAAAGCCACCGCUGGGUUCAUGAUGUUCGAAAAGACUUGUUAACACUUACCUUCAAACCGGUGGAUAUACCAAUUGAUGGAGGUAGAAUUGAGACACACCUGUUUCUAGCCGUGACUGCUGGAAGAGACACAUUGGAGCACCUGGAUGUCCAGAAACUUGUCAAGUGGUCUCAAGAACAUAAUGAACGUGUUCGCAGAGUGUUAAUUGGCAGCGGCGUGGAAUCUCCAGUUCAAGUUAUUGUGAGGUUUCCCUGUGUUGCGAUGCGGUUCCCUGGCGCCCCUUCAAUGGUUCAUCGCUUUCAGCUUAGGUUCAAAGAUGACAAGCAAUAUUUCGAGGCAUUGAACAUUCUGAAGCGGGCAGGGCUUCAAAUAAAGGAGUCCACAAAUGAACCCAAGCAAGAUACCCCAUCUCAGGAUCGCAAUGUGGCAUACAAUCGAAGCCUGGCACCAACCUCAACACAACCGCCCUUAGCUGGCCACCCCGAUAAUCAUCAAAAGCCACAGUUUGCUGUACCCAGCUCCGAGAGUUCUCGAAGAUUUACACAGUUCACGAAUAGCUCAUCAAUACCUCCCAGAUCCGACACCUCAAGCUCUCUAUCAAUGAGACCGUCCAGCACGUUUUCUGCUGAUCUGGGCGGCCCAAGAUCGAGCAGCUCCCUGGGGACUUUAUACAAAUACGGCGUAGCAUCCGAUGACUUCUGUUUCCAACCACCGCCUCCAAGGCCAUUUUCAUCAACAUCAUUUAUGAGAUCUAGCCCACCUAUCUAUGCUUCCCAAAUAGAAACGCAGCAAAGAGCAACCUUGUCAUCGCUUCCAUGCACCAAACCGCCCUCCGAUAUGGUCGAAUCACGGAAGAAACAAGCCUAUAUAGGGGAAUCUAGUAUUCCCCUGUCAUCCGAUGAAGCCCCAAGGACAGGAUAUGAUGCAUUGGAAAAGAGCCCAGAGCUACCCGAUAUUAGACAACUACUGCGAGGCUCCACAGAGUCGCUAACAACUCAACCAACACUGAAUGUCUCGAAGAUGAGGAGGUCAGCAACAACACAAUUUGAACCAAGUCAAAGCAUGGGUUAUAACAAUGAGCAUCUGCAGCUGAAGCGACAAAGUCCAUUGUCUUUCAGUACUACCAGACCAAUGUCAGUCCCAACGGUAGGCGACGACCUUCAUACAAGCCAAUGGAUACCCCCAAAACGUGAACUUCCAUUCCCAAAGCGCAAGGAGCCAAAGAAUGCUUUGGAAACUGCUGAAAAACUUAAUAAAGGCACUGAAGAUGGUCCAAUACCUCCCUCUAAAGGCAUCGGAGCCUCUGAGAGCCUGGCAAACGCACGGACACUCCCAAGCAAGUAUGGAGAACAACAAGCCAAACGAGCGACAGUGCGAAGAACAAACACACCUCCAACUUCGAAGUUAUCAACGGUUCUGGAGGUCCCUGACUCAGAUGAGACAAGGCCAACAAAUUCACCUCGCAAUUCGGUGUUGUGGGAGGAAGAGCCGUCUCCCCUUGCCUCAAAAAGUGCUGCUAUCGCGAGGCCGUCCACAGCCCCUGGUUUGAAGUUGAAGGCAAUGACCUGUCGCAAGCGACCCAACGAGGAAGCUCCAAAAUGGGCGUUAGCUAAAAGGCUCAAGAUGGUUGACUCUAGCACACAGACACAAACAUUAUCUGGGCGUGACCACACAGCUGCAGUUUCCAGAACCUCAACCAUAGUACCGGGGCCAGUUUUGCCAGCUCCAGUUACAGUUCCGGAGCCAGUUUUGCCAGCUCCAGUUACAGUUCCUGUUCCAAACCCAGCGGUCCCGGUACCUGACCCGGCCCCGACCCCGCCACCCCCCGAGGUCGUUUCUGAGGCUAAAGGGCCUAUAGAAGGUUUUCUGGAUGAACUUGGUCGUUUCGUCCCGAAACACAGCGGUAAAAUCAAGCCUGUUGAGCUCUAUGAAGUAUCAUUCUGGGACAAGGCAACGGAGGGAGAGCGUCAAUCCAUGACUGAAAGCUGGAUAUGCGAGCAGAUUGACGAUCCAGCAUUUAUAGAAAUGUGCAAGCAUGUGAAUGAGGUGUGGAAGAAAAUUGGCUUCAAGACUUAGUGUGAUGCGGGAUGGAUUGGACGGAGGAUUGUUAUGAUUUUGACGGCGAGGUUGAGAGAAGGGGCGCGCAGCUAUGGUCAUAUGCUAUUCAUUGGGGGUUUAAUUGUUAUGGGUGCUUACGGUUGCUGGGGAUAGAUUCACUUGGGCUACUUGCUUGGCUGGAUAUUGUUCUUAUACCCUGGGGCAUUGGAAAAUUGAUAUUAGAUAGCAGAUUAGCUACAUACUAGAGCUAGGAUAGAGCUUUAUAUUUUACAGCUGAUAAUUAGAG